ACUACGUGAGAGCAAGAUGGCCGACGCGGCGGCCGGGCCUGGUGGCUCCGGAACGAGACCAGGAAGUAAGCAGUCCACUAACCCUGCUGAUAACUACCAUCUGGCCCGGAGGAGGACUCUGCAAGUGGUUGUGAGCUCCUUGCUGACCGAGGCCGGAUUUGAGAGCGCGGAGAAAGCGUCCGUGGAAACACUGACAGAGAUGCUGCAGAGCUACAUCUCAGAAAUCGGGAGAAGUGCCAAGUCUUACUGCGAGCACACAGCCAGGACCCAGCCCACACUAUCGGAUAUCGUGGUCACACUGGUUGAAAUGGGGUUCAAUGUGGACACUCUUCCUGCUUAUGCAAAACGGUCUCAGAGGAUGGUCAUCACUGCACCUCCGGUGACCAAUCAGCCAGUAACACCCAAGGCCCUCACUGCAGGGCAGAACCGACCCCACCCACCACACAUCCCCAGCCAUUUUCCUGAGUUUCCAGAUCCCCACACCUACAUCAAAACUCCGACGUACCGUGAACCGGUGUCUGACUACCAGGUCCUGCGAGAGAAGGCUGCAUCUCAGAGGCGAGAUGUGGAGCGAGCCCUCACCCGGUUCAUGGCCAAGACAGGCGAGACCCAGAGUCUUUUCAAGGAUGACGUCAGCACUUUCCCUUUGAUUGCUGCCAGACCUUUCACCAUCCCCUACCUCACAGCCUUGCUUCCCUCUGAGCUGGAGAUCCAGCAGAUGGAAGAGACAGACUCCUCGGAACAGGAUGAGCAGACAGACACAGAGAACAUCGCUCUUCAUAUCAGCACGACACCAAAGCCGGCUCUUGCUAUGGGCACAGCCUCUCUCCUCAUGCCACUGGUGCUCUGCUCUAUUUCGGCUUUUGCUCAAAGGAUGGCCCCGGAGCUGAGAAGGAAAACGCUUCUGUCCUGCAGCAGAACUCCUCCUUGUCUGGCAGCCGGAACGGGGAGGAGAGCAUCAUCGAUAACCCAUAUCUGCGCCCCGUGAAGAAGCCCAAGAUCCGCAGGAAGAAGUCCCUCUCGUGAGCGGAGAAGGAAGCUGGCCUGUAAGUGAGAGGACACCGCUUUCCUGGGGCCUGAGAUCAGAGGGAAGAAGAAGGUGGCGCCCUUUUGGCCUUGCCCAGGCUGUGUCUUUUUAGCAGUAGCCUUCUAUGAAGGCAACCCUGUUUGCCAACAGGCCGGAGUCUGCUGGUGACUUCAUUAAUUCAUCACAGGACUUGAUUCCUUUGAAACCUGGAGGGCCAGGGAAAUUGUUAGGAAGGAAAGGGUCCACUGCUCUGUGCCCUGCCGGGAAGACUGCCAAUUGUAUCUUCCAGACCACCUGGAUCCCCCUCGUUGAUCCACAAGAAUCAUGGCAUUGAUUUACAGCCCAGAACCUCAUUCUCACUUCUCUCUACACCUGGGCCCCAAGAUCCCUGCUGGGCUGGUAGACAGUGACUUUGUAUCCCUCAUCAUGUUGGAAACAGACCCAUGCUGCAACUCUGAUCUGGGGCUGGCAGGAGCUAGAAGUACAUGGGUUAAUAAAGAUAAAGACAGUGACCAUCA